ACUUUCAGGUUUGCUCUUUAUAGGAGAUGCAAUUCUACAGAUUAAUGGAAUUAAUGUGAGAAAAUGCAGGCAUGAAGAAGUGGUUCAGGUCCUUCGCAACGCAGGGGAAGAAGUGACCCUGACUGUGUCCUUUCUGAAAAGAGCACCUGCUUUUCUCAAACUGCCACUGAAUGAAGAUUGCGCAUGUGCCCCCAGUGACCAAAGCAGUGGCACAUCCUCUCCCCUCUGUGACAGUGGUUUGCAUCUCAACUACCAUCCUAACAACACAGAUACAUUAUCAUGUUCCUCAUGGCCAGCAUCCCCAGGACUUAGGUGGGAAAAAAGGUGGUGUGAUCUCCGAUUAAUUCCACUUCUUCAUUCACGGUUUUCCCAGUACCUUCCCGGAUCAGACUUAUGCAGGCAAAAUGCGUUCCAAGUAAUUGCUGUGGAUGGGGUUUGCAGUGGAAUAAUUCAGUGUCUCUCUGCUGAAGACUGUAUUGACUGGCUACAAGCAAUAGCAAGUAACAUUUCCAACCUCACAAAGCACAAUAUUAAAAAAAUCAACAGGAAUUUUCCCGUAAACCAGCAGAUAGUCUACAUGGGCUGGACGGAAGAACGGGAACAAGACUCCCUUCAGGAUCGAAUGUACACACCAAAGUUUCUAGCACUGAGGGGAUCUUCCCUGUAUAAAUUUAUAGCACCUCCAGUCACAACCUGGGAUUGGACACGAGCUGAGAAAACAUUUUCAGUUUAUGAGAUAAUGUGCAAAAUUCUCAAGGACAGUGAUCUACUGGACCGGCGGAAACAUUGCUUCAGUGUCCAGUCGGAAUCUGGAGAAGAUCUUUACUUUUCUGUGGAAUUAGAGUCGGACCUAACACUAUGGGAAAAAGCUUUCCAAACAGCAACUUUUUUAGAAGUUGAACGGAUACAGUGUAAGACGUAUGCCUGUGUUUUGGAGAGUCAUCUUAUGGGACUUACCAUUGACUUUAGCAUGGGCUUUGUCUGUUUUGAUGCCGCCACAAAGGCUGUACUUUGGAGGUACAAGUUUUCCCAGCUCAAAGGUUCUUCAGAUGAUGGGAAGAGCAAAAUCAAAUUUUUGUUCCAAAACCAAGAUACUAAGCAAAUUGAAGCAAAGGAGCUGGAGUUUUCCAACCUGUUUGCAGUCCUUCACUGUAUCCACUCAUUCUUUGCAGCCAAAGUGGCUUGUUUGGACCCUUUGUAUGUAGGCAGCCAAGCCACAACUUCUGCUGCUCCCACAACUUCUGGUACUGGCAAAUUAAAGUAUACUACUUGACAUCUCACAUUACAGCACUGCCACUUAACAGCAAGACAUAACAAUGUAUAAAUAUUCAUAAGAUGUAGACCUUUGGCGAACCAUGUAUGUGGAAA